AUGGUUCGUCACUACAAACGCAAACGUGAAACUCCUUAUUCAAGGGAAAAUCUUUUGAAAGCAGUAGAGGAAGUGAAAUUUAAGAGAAUGAGUAGUUAUCAGGCUGCAGAACAAUUUGGUGUUCCCAGAGCCACGAUUUAUGCACAUGUAUCUGGGACGCGUGGUUUAAAUAAACCUGGCAGGUCCACGGUGUUUGAUAAGGAUACGGAACUGAGAAUUGUGAACUGUAUUCUCGUAAUGGAGAAGUGUGGUUUUCCUUUGACUCGUAAGGAGGUCAUAUCAUUGAUUAGCGAAUUUAUAAGAAGAAACGGCAUCGUGACCGCAUUUAAAAAUGACAUACCAGGUGAUGACUGGUUCCGAAAUUUUAGAAGAAGACACAAUCUUUCAUUAAAAAAACCGCAAUCGGUGGAAAUCGCCAGAAAAAAGGCGUGCAAUCCCUUCACAGUAUACGAAUAUUUUGAAUUACUUGAAAAAGCCAUUCGGGAUUUGGAUUUAUCGUCCGCACCCGACCGUAUUUACAAUCUCGACGAAACUAGUUUCUGUCAGGAUCCGUCAAAAAGUAAAGUGGUCGGAAAAGUUGGUCAUCGUUGUACAAGAACAACUAGUUCACCAGGCAGAACCAAUACCUCCGUUCUUCUUGCAGCAAAUGCAAAUGGUGAUAAAAUUCCGCCUCUCAUUAUUUUCCAAGGAAAAUAUUUAUGGAACGAGUGGAUGUAUAAAAACGAGAAAGUGAAAACGGCAUAUGCCGUAAGCAAAAAAGGUUGGAUGGAGACUAGCAUCUUUGAGAAAUAUUUAAAAGAUGUCUUUGUACCAGCAAUAGGGAGCAAAAGACCUGUUCUUCUCAUAUACGAUGGACAUUCGACUCAUACAGAUUUGAGCGUAAUUGAGUAUGCAAUAUCUGAAGGAAUUACAAUCCUUAAACUGCCACCCCAUUCCUCAGACGUGUUGCAGCCUUUGGACUGCAGCGUAAUGAAGCCAAUGAAGGACAGGUGGGACCAAGAACUCAUAAAAUGGCAAAGAAUGCAUGUUGGCUUCAAAUUGCCCAAAAGCGAAUUUGCUAGAAUUCUUACUGGCAUUUGGGAGAAUCUGAAUCCAGUAAUUAUUUCAAAUGGAUUUAAAAAGACUGGCAUAUAUCCAGUUAAUCGAAAUAUGAUUGGAAAAGAAAACUUUGAUUCCCUUUCAUGGCAAAGGUGGGAGACUCAUAUACAGUCGCAGCUUAAAACUAUAUGUACUGAAAAUAAAACAGUAAAUGAUGCUGAUACUAUGGAAUACAAUGACUUCAAAUCAAUGAUAAAAGAUACAGACCUGGAAAAUUCCAUAUUCAACACUAUUCAAGAAAUUCCUAGUCUUAGGGAUUUGGCACUCAAAAUUUCCAGCCAAAGUAUCAAUCAGUGUCAGAAAGAUAACCAUGACAAUUCUAACAAAAGGGAUGAACAUGCUACUGGUAUUGAUAGUAACUUAAGUAUGAACGGAAAAGAAAAUGAGCAACAAGAGAAACAUCUAAUACUAGACAACCAGAAAGCUAUUGCUAAUAAAGAGCUAGCUAAAACGAAGAAAUGGAUUUCUGACAGUGAGGACACUGGGUCUUAUGAGUCAAUGGAUACUUCAGAAACUGAAGACUUGGACACUUUUAUGGAAACUAUUUUAAAAGAUGAAGAGCUAUACAAGGAUGAGUAUCAUGAUGACGUAAUCGAGUGUUUGCCAGUACCUAUAUUUGAUGACAAGGAUAUGGUUUACAUUUUUUCUAGAAAUGUAAAUAUCGCAGAAAAGUAA